AUGUCUGGCGGCGCAGGCGGCGACGCCACUCUCUUCGAAGAGUCCUUCACCGUGACCGACUACGACCAGUCAAAGUACGACCGCGUCGCCCGCAUAUCCUGCACUUCAAGCGACUCCCAGACCGUCAUGACGCUCGACAUCAACAUCGAGCUCUUCCCCUGCUCCGUCUCCGACACCCUGCACGUCGUCCUCACCACCACGCUGUCGCCCGACGGCACAAAGGAGGACGACAAGGGCUGGCGCGACGUCGGCAAGGCUGGCGAUGCGCCGGCCACGCUCGCCGACCUGUACGACUAUGUGUGCUAUGGCAAGAUUUACAAGUUUGAGGAGACGUUUGACGGCAACACCAUAAACGCCUACGUCUCAUUUGGCGGAUUGCUCAUGUCUCUGCAGGGUCCGGUUAAGAAGCUGACACCUCUACGAGUCGACUAUGUCUAUCUGCUGGUCAAGCGGUAA